AUGUACACCCACAGUAGGGUGCAGGGCUCCGGGUUCGGAGCCCCCGCCGCCUCCCGCCCGGCCCGGGAUCCCGCUGCGUGGCGCAGGGAGCUGGGCCCGCCGCAGGGCCCCAGGCGGGGUUUGGAGGAGGCUCCCGAGAGCCCUUCGCGGGAGAGCCUGGAGCACGCGAGCCAGAGGUUCACAGGUGCAUAUACCUUGAUAAUACCAAAUGAAAAACGAAGAAAUGAGAUGCAACGGAUGGCUGCAAAAGAGCUGGAGGACCUGAAGAGGUGGAAGGAGCAACAAAGGACGAAGCCCAUUAACCUGGCACCCAUGCAGCUAGGUGGAAACCAGUCAGAGGUUGAAGUCAGGCAGAGACAACAACUUCAACUGAUACAAUCUAAAUACCAGAAAAAGCUUAAAAGAGAAGAAUAUAUAAGAAUCAAGAGGGAAGCUGAAGAAGCCGAAAUCCAAAAAAUGAAGGCAGUUCAGAGACAAAAGAGCAAUAAACUAGAGGAGAAAAAGAGACUUCAAGAAAACCUCAGAAGAGAAGCUUUUAGAGAACAUCAGCAAUGCAAAACUGCUGAGUUCUUGAGAAGACUCGCCACACAGUCGCCACACAGAGGUACCUGUCCAGUGGCUGUUUGUGACCCACAGUCUUCAGCUUGGAAACUUCCUGUCCUGCCCAGGGAUCACAGGUGGUCCAGAAGACAGGCUUAUAUGGAUUCUAUAAGGGGAGGAACUAAAAAAUUGCAAAAGAUGAAGGACGAACACGGCCAGAAGAGUGAAUUACUGGAAUUUAAACGAGAGCAAGAGGAGGAAGAAAGAGCCAAAAUCCACCAGGCUGAACACAGGAGGGUAAAUAAUGCUUUUCUGGACCGACUCCAAGGUGAAAGUCAACCAGGUGGCCUCCAGCACUUUGGAGGCUAUUGGAAUAUGAAUAGUGGUAACAGCUGGGUCUUAGAAAUAUUUGCUUACAACUGGCCUUUGUCAACUGACCUUGAAAAACCACACGAGAUGUUAUUCCUUCUUGCAGUUUUGUUCAGCCUCACUGUUUUUACCUUGACUUCAACUGCCCACCCACUCAGCUGAGCAGCUGGGGAUGACUGGUUUCUCCCUGUCAUUAUUUAUGCAUGUUUGUAGGAGCUGAUUACUGAACUCAUAUUUAAUCUCUACUGCCAGUGAAAUGCUGCAUUAUUUUUCUAA